GGCAGUUGUGUCCAGAUGUUCCUCCACCGCGAAAGUCGGGCGCUGUAGCCCAGUUCGCAAACUUUGCAUUGCUAGGGAUUACGCGAGCGUGUGUUUGUGAUGUAGAGCGUGUGUUCCUCAUUGAAAGAAACAGUUUUAUAAAAGUCACUUCUUGCAUCUGUAACAGAAACCACUAGAUUCGAAUAUAAUUGUUAGCAGGGUGAGAGAAUCGUUGAACUUAAAGAGAAUUAUAAUAAUAUCUAGAAUUCCUACUCAUCGACUGUAAUAUAAUAAUUAUUUUUAAAUGACAUCUUUUGUUAAAGUCAAGAGGAAACAAAAGAAACCUACAGCUGAACAGUAUCACUCAGACAGUGCCCCAUUGUGUGUCAUAAUCAUACAGAAAUAGUAGUCUAAACUCUGCAACCCUAAACUCUCCGCUCUGGAGAUGCUGUGUUUAAAUUUGGAGGUUUUAUGAACUACCAAAAUGAUAAUAUUAAUUGAGAACAAUAAAAGCAAUCAAUUACUAUAUACAACUAGAAAAUGUAUUGAAACAAACGAGUUCAAUGAAUGCGUAUGACGAAGUGUGUAGAUGCAUAGGAAUUUCUUUUGUUGCUGAACAGAUCAGCCUGUGGUUAAUAACACACAACAAGAAUUCUUGUGAGUACAUUAAGCCCGGAAUGUUAGGAUUGAUCAGGUAGGGCUGAGAAGUGCCGACGAACUGUAGUUCUGUACCUAUGUCGUGGGUAUGGGAGAGGUUCAGGAACACGUUCAGGAGUUCUUCGGAUGACGAUGUCGAAGACGUCGAUACUGAUGCGCGCCACGGUCAGCACCGAGAAGUUUCUGUCUACGGGAGGCCAGGGAAAAACCGUGAUGUCGGCGAGACAGGGACCGCGGCUGAAGAAGAGCAUGUGACAACCUGCACAGCAUGCAGAGUGACUAUACAUCACCACCAGCAGCCAGGGCCCCGACUAAGGGCCGCCUGCCCCUUCUGCGGGCAACCCUACAUUGCCACUCCAACUGGAGUCCCGCAGACGGAACAGCCUCCUGUUGGAGUGGGCGUGGGGGCAGGCCGCGUACACGGACAGAGGUCAUGCAGUGACCCGGUCCUGCCCAGCAUUAGGCUCCCAGCAAUUCAGGAGCCGCCCCCCGAGCCCCGCACCCCGCGGUACGGCCGCAUCGGAAGCUUUAUGGUGAGUCGGCUGGGCAACGUAAACAUCACGUCACUUGGCAACUUCCUGCUGCGGCCGGGCUCCGAGACUUCCUUGCCGCCCAUAUCCAAGGAUUGUGACGGGAAGACGCAGGGGGUGGGAUUGAGCCCGGCGUCCACUCCGGAGUCAGGGUUUCGGUCGGUGCUGAGUGUGGAGAACCUGACGUGCUCGGAACCUGAAGAGGCGCGGGCAACUCCCCACUACCCCAUCCGCACUAAGACCAGAGAGGAGUUCCUACAAGAUGUCCGCCGGGCGCAGCAGACAGAAAGCUUCAUGUCUCUGCAGAAGUUCUACAUGCGCUGCUUCGAUACGUUCGCGGAAAUCUGUGCAGUUUUUAAGGUCGACGUGGAGGAGGAAGGCGCGAAACCGGAGGAACCGGGUCUGAACAUGGAGUUCUUGUACGCAGUGCAUGACACACUCAGGGAAAUGCCGUCCAUAAUCCACAAGACAGUGUUGAAAUCCAUCAUCAACGCACUGCUGGAGGAAAAGAGAAUACUGUACGCCAAGGACGAUGUGAGAGCGCUGUUCGUGUUGGUGCAGAACCCCGUGUUCGCUGCCCAGUCCUCCUACACGAUUUUCGCGCACUUGCUGCGGCAGAUCGUGAGCCUGCCCAGCGCUGACCAUCAGCUCCUCGUCAGCUGGUUCAAGAUACUGGAAGUGGAGAAGCUGCGUAUGAUUGUUCGUCAUGUGAUACAGUUCAUCACAAUAAGACAGUUCCCUCCGGCGGACAAGUCGCUGCCUCCGCUAAGCAAGAGCCGCUGGUGGAUACCAACUGGAACCAAAACUUUGGCUCUUAUCAAUGCCGCAAACAAUUCCAGCACUCCGCCGUUACUCGAUUACACAGAGUUCUACAAUUCUGCCCUGGACCACAUGGAUCUCAUGCAGGACUACUUCAACUGGCAGAGUCCUCAGCGGCCUGGCCAGUUUUCCUACUGUCAGUAUCCCUUCAUCCUGAGCAUAGUGGCCAAGAGAAUCAUACUCACGAAGGAUUCAGAACAACAAAUGAUUCUCACGGCACGGCGUUCACUGGUAGCCAAAGUGGCCCGCCACCAAGCCCCACAGAUCGACAUUUUCUUCCUCAACAUUCACGUCAGGCGCUCUCACCUUGUCUCAGACUCACUCAAUGAAAUUGCGAGUAAGCAGAAAGAUCUCAAGAAGAAGUUGAAAGUAUCCUUUGUAGGGGAACCAGGGUUGGACAUGGGGGGGCUGACCAAAGAGUGGUUCCUUCUUCUUAUCCGGCAGAUCUUCCAUCCAGACUAUGGUAUGUUUGUCUACCAUCCCCACUCUCGCUGCUAUUGGUUCAGUACUGACCAGGAGGGGAAUCUGCGUGAGUACAACCUCAUCGGAGUGCUCAUGGGGCUGGCUGUCUACAAUUCUAUUAUCCUGGACCUGCACUUCCCCUCUAUUUGCUACCGGAAGCUUCUGUCCCCUCCUGUGGUGCCUGAUGUGGACACAGCCGAUGUUGGAUCUGUCAAUACGCCUACUGUGGACGACUUAGCUGAGAUCAUGCCAGAUGUUUCCAGAGGGCUAACAGAAUUGCUAGCAUAUGAGGGUAAUGUAGAAGAAGAUAUGUGUAUGAACUUUCAGGUGUCACUGGAGGAAUACGGUGAUGUAAAGACAUAUAAACUGAGAGACAAUGGAGAAAAUAUUCCUGUGACCAAUGACAACCGGAAUGAAUAUGUUGAACUCUACUUGGACUGGAUACUGAAUGCUGCUAUAUACGAACAGUUUCGAGCCUUUUAUCUUGGCUUCCACAGUGUCUGUGCAUCAAAUGCUCUUAUUAUGCUGAGACCAGAAGAAGUAGAGAUGCUAGUCUGUGGCUCACCCACACUAGAUCUCAAUGAGCUCAGGAAAGUCACAGAAUAUGAUGGUUACAAGGCUGAUGAUCCCAUCAUCAUAGACUUCUGGGAAGUGUUGCAUUCACUCUCAGAUGAACUGAAGAAAAAGUUCCUGCUGUUCGCAACUGGAAGUGAUCGUGUCCCAGUAGGUGGCAUGGGAGAGAUGACAUUCAAAAUCACAAAAGUCACCAACAAGCCUGACAAUCUCCCAGAAGCCCAUACAUGCUUCAAUCAGCUGGUGCUACCGUUAUAUGAGAAUGAGGACUUGCUACGACAGAAGCUUAUCAUUGCCAUCUCAAAUGCAGAAGGUUUCGGACUUGAAUAAAAUCCAGUGACAUAUCCCUAUGAACAUGUACCAUUUGUUAAAUGAUUUAACACAAUGUAUAAACUCUUUGUGAGAACUUACAACAAUCAUUCGAGUGAAAUUCAAUGUUGCUUCCCACUCCCAACAGAUGGGCAAGAAUUUUCAGGAUGUGAAGUGUAAUGUAAUUUAUAAACAGAACUUGGUGCUAGAAUAUGAAUCAGGCACUCUGCACAUCUUCAGUGUGUCUUGUCCUGACAGGCAUCAUGUUCAGCUUCUGAACCAAGUCUGCAAAACUUUCCUUGAACACUGUGAGAGCUUCCUUCCUGCCUUAUCCUUACAAGGUAAAAUUUCCUGGUAGACCAGCCAGGUCAAGUGCAUCAUGCUCAUGCUGCUCUGCCUUCUUUUGCAAUGCCUCAUGAAAUAAAUGUCUUUAAGAUACUUCGGGAUGGCCCCUCUCUGGUAGAAGGCAAGGAGAUUCAAAGGAUCACUUACUGCUUCAUCAGACCUCUGCCUUGCCUUCAUGGACAUUACUUUAAUUUUUAACUUACUUUCCUUAUUUAAAAAAAAAAUAAAAAGAGUCUUAUGAGAUAACCUCGCUGCCUGUGUAUCCUCCCUAAUUUCACUUUUCAUGUGGUUCAUUAGUUCUUCCCAGAACUUCUUGUUAUGUAAUCAGUUUAAGGUCUCACUUCCUGACACUCAUGCACAUCCUGCUUGUGCUAACACAAUGACAGUUUCUGUCAGGAUCAUCACUCCUAUCAAAUAUCAGCCUGUCACCAGGUGCACUGUGGAUCUUGUUGACAUGACUUGAUGCCCUGCCUGUCUGCUGCUCCAUUUCACAUGUGGCAAGCCUCUCUUCUGAAUGCCUUAACUCAGAGCCAGGCAGCUUUAUGGUCAGUAGAUACUUGACCAUGCCCACAACAUACAGUUCUGUCCAAGCUUCUCAGAUAAACAGUCUGACACCCCAUGCUCCUGCUUCCAUUGAAAACAAUGGCCUCGCUUCCACUGUCCACUGACGAGUUAUCAGACAUGUCUAAAGACAGUUCUGUGGAGGAGACAACUUCUUUGUAUCCUUGCAUGACAAAUCAGUAUGCUGUCAUUGAACAGGUGAUGCCAUGUCAUCACUCAGAAUUUAAUCAUUAUCUGUAAAUCUUUUAGGCCCACUUCUGUUUUGUACAGAGUCUGCUCUCACAUGUCUCUAAUGCGUUACGCCAAUCUCUGUCACAAGCCCACAUGAAUCUGAAUGACGCCUCCUCGUGUUUUGUAUGACAGUACUGAUAUUCCUGAAAGUCUCAAAGAGGCUUUUUUGGUAUUUGCUUGCUGUUUUUUUAGACAACCAUUAACAAAAAAUACGCAUUUUUGUUGACACAUUUUCAUAUUCAUUUGUCUUAGACCUUCCAAUGAACGAGUUAAUUUCUUCCCUGUUAUGCACAUAGCUUUCCAUUUCUCUCAUCUGUCUUCUGUUUACCCUGUAUGGCUAUUACUGCUGGCUGGUUCACUGUAAUACUCACAUGUCUACAAAUUUAACUGUUCUAACUAUGCUGGUUUAUUUUCUAAGAAAUUCCAUGGUUGCAUUAGUAUAUAAAUUUCUUGAAAAUCAAUGGGAAUAAAAUUGUUAUUUGUUUACUACAUGUUUGUAAUAUUGUUCACUGUGUAACAAUGUUUCAGACCUCAUUAGUUUAUAACUUGGAAGCAUUUUGUUUUUCAAACACUCUUAUGAGUAUGCAUUAUCUCUUGUACAGGUUUAAACUUAUGCAUAUGGGCUCUACAAAGUGUUAGUCUCACAUGCAUGUUCACAUAUAAGGUAGAAGACACCCUACCAUAAUGAAUUUAUGAAUGUAACAUCAUUUUAAUCACAGAUGUGGCAGUACAAACUAAUGAAAUGGCAGAUGAGGCAUUAUUUUUUAGAAAAUAAAAUACUGUUUUCAAGUGAUCAUGAGCUGCUGCUUUUGCAGUUGAAUGAACCACUAUAAAGUAUUUUUCCAAUCUUAUAAGAAUACUUUUGUUGAAGAACUGGUUAAAAGUAAAGUUAAGCUCUCCUUCUCAAUUAAGAACACAAUAGAGGACUGGAGGUGUGCUGCAUACAUUCUUAACCUCUGCAUAUGCAGCUGAGGGAUCAGCUUUAUAACCAGGCUGUUCUAUCCCAGAGAACCAUAUGCAGGUACCUGUUUGGUUGGAGGCUGCAUGAACCUCAAAUCCAGUCUGGACAGGGUAGCAAAAAUAAUAUAACCUCUUCCCCUGUCAAGUAUCAAACUCCUAUCACCCAGAUCACGUUCCUGUCAUUCAAUUUUUAAAAAAAACCUUGAUUCUAGAAGAAAUGGUUAGAGUAACAAAUCUGAUGUCCCCUACUUCCAAAUACACAAUUUAGUUGAAGUUAUAUGUCAAUAUUAUUUGCAUAAAUAAAAACAUUACCUAAUAUUAACAUUUAUAAUUAGAUUUACAGCAACUCAGCUCUAAUGCUUAUCAGCUAUAAACCAUUCAGUCUUAUUCCAGAUUGGGGUAGACAUUUACAUUCAAAAACAUGGUAAAUGCUGCAUAAAUAUUCUAGUAUGUGUGCAACUGUAAUAUUUGUUGCAAUAUUGGAAACAAUUUUUGUUGUACCAUAAAUUAAAAGAUAAAUGAGUCUUGAGGAGAACUCAUAUAGCCCACUUUCACAUUACAAAGACGUCUAGUCUAGUCCUCCAAAUCUCCUACUAUUAAUUACCAUUACCAUCAUCAUCAUCAUUUUAUACAAUAUGUGCGAUUAAAUUAUGCUUCAGAUUCUGUUUAUAUCAAUUUUUUUCUCAUACAAUUUCAAAGGUUCACACAAUCACCAUGUUUGAAUUGCAUCUUAAUACCAAUUUCACAUGCCCAUUUCAAAUGAUUCAAUAGUUAACGCCAUCAAAAUGAAAGUUAAUGAAAAUGUUUUCAUGACUGUCAUUGUGUUUUCCACACUUAAGGAAUACACCUUAACAAAACAGGUACAUGCAUUCAUAUUCUUACAGCUGACUGCAGGAAAUUAAAAUGUGAUGCUGGGUUGACCUCCACUGGCAUAACAUUCGUAUCAAGUUAUGUGAAAUCGGUUACUUAAUUCAAAAGGUGAAAAGAAGACACACAAAUCAACAGACACAAACACGGACACAUAGCACUGCAAUCUCAUAAGUCUACUAGUUAUUCUUAUGAAAAGAAACUAAAAAAUACAAGCAACAGUGACUCAUUAUGUUAGAAUACACUGACAGUACAAUACGAAGUGCUACCACAGCAAAGCCAACUAAUAUGACAAGCAUACCAUUGCCAGGCACAUUUCACCCUGAAGGAUAAACUAUGCACAUGAUAUAAUACACUACAUACUGAUGUAUUCUCAAACAAGAUGAUAUCCCAGAAUUAAUUUUAAGUGGCUGAGGAAAUCCUCAAAAGUCCUCAGACACGAAUUGAAUCCAAGACAUCUCAAACAAGAAGCAGGAGUACUAAUCACAAUACCACAAUAUAUUUAGUUAUAUACCUAUACCUAUAUAUGCCAUAAACAAACUGUAUUGUAAAACCAGAGAAUAUCUACAAACAUUACCCCACUCAGAGGUGCAAAAUAUAGGUGACUUGUACAGACUUUUCAUUACCAUAAUUAAUGUGAUAUGACUUUUCCGUAUAAUAGUAGGCUCAAAAUAUGCCUGUUAUACAUUUGUACAGACUUUGAUUCAUAUGUUGUUAGAGCCUGACUUAAAAAAAUGAACUUUACAUCUUUACAUAUGCAUGGCAACAGCAACUUUAUCAUAAAAAUGCAAAUCAAGAAACUGUAGUUUAAUAUUUGGAAAGCAGUACCUUCAGCACAGUGAACAGAAGAUAAAUCGGACCUGAAUUUCCUACUUAUUUCAUUCUUAAUGAGUGUCAGUUCUUUAGGAAA